AUGCUGCUCCGCCUAUGGUUUUGGUCCUUGCUUGGGACUGGAGCCCUUGGCAAUGGAGACUCAUGUGAGGAGCCUUCGAUGAUGAUGCAGAUCUUCAGCCAGGCAAAUGUCUUCAAAGCCAGUGAGAAUUGCAACGCCAGCACCAACGAUCCCUUCAAUAUUGGUGGUGGAAAUGCAAUGAACUGCAAUGGAAGAUCGUUUACUGGAACGCCGUGCACAUGCACGAACUCUGAAGACAACCAGGUGGACUAUGCGAAGUGCUGGUUUGGGAAUGCAAGUGGUCCAUCCUCUUGCCCCACCCACAUAGGAGUGCCACUGACCACCUGCAAGUUCGAAGAAGUCCCUGACGAAUCACAGGAUCGAAACCAGAUUUGCUUUGUGACGCCCCCCAAUGUGAGGGUCAUCGGCGCCUGUGUCAAAGGAGGUAGCGAACAGAGUGAGGGGUGCAUUGGAGGAACAUUCUGUUACUACCAGAGUUGCCGUACCUCUCCAGAUGGUCUGCAGGAAUGUCGUGACGUGGAUACUUGUAUGGAACAGAAUACGCAGUUUUGCAUCUCACGGCCGACAGCUGGCUGCGGAAUCAGCAAUUACAACCUGCUAAUUGAGUGUUGCCCUGAGACGCCGCCGGCGCCGCCUCCAGACAUCCCUGCAAGCAACCUCACACCUGCCACUGGGCAGGGUGAUCCACACAUAGAGACCUUUCAGGGAGCCCACUAUACGGUGGCGAACGUCGGGACGUUUUUGGCCUUCAACUUCAGCAAGAAGACGGAGUUUCAUUCAGCACGUGGUUUGCAGGAGGCUCCAAUCUUGUGGCAAGUCUUUGCGCGUUACGCAGGCAAAAAGUUCCUCACUCACGCGCUUCUAUUGCAAGACCGAUCCAACCAUUCAAGUCGUCAAGCACUGGAGCUGACCUCGGAUUCGUGCAAAUGGCGUCAGAAGAAAAGUCCAGAGCAUGCUUGGCAGGAAGCCAAAUCUGGAAGUUUGUUCGUGCUCUACGACAACGCUUUCAUGAGCGGUUUUGAGAUCACAGAGCUGCACAAGCAGUAUGGGACAAGACCAAAGUUUGGAUCCAGUGUUAUGUUGAAGAUGAACACCAAGCAGGGUGCAAGGAAAGUGGCUCUCCUCUCUGUGAUCUGCCGCCCAGGGAGGCAUUUGGACUUCAAAAUGAAGAUGUUUCAUAAGUCUGACAUGGACUUUGCUGGCGGGGAACUGGGGCAGCAUAUCUCUGUCGAAGGCCCUGCAAACCACACCAAUCACAGCAAGGUUUUGUUCUUAUCUCACUCCAAAAAGAGAUUCGUGCAGAUGAGGACAGAUUCGGAAUUUCAGACUCCCACAGGAUGGCAAGACUUGGGCGGCAGUCAAAAUGCUUCAGACUACCUCCGUUCAAUGGACCAAGCAUCAUUGCUGAGUGUGCCGGAAGAUCACCAUGAUCAUCACGAUUGCAGUGAAGAAGAAGAACAAGAAGCAUCAAAGAUUUGUGGGAAACACAUGGCCGAGAGUUCGGAGGUCUUUGCUGAUUGUGUGUUCGAUGUUUGUCAUGGAGGAGGCGAAGAAGCUGCAGAGGAUGCAGCAGAGUUCAUUGAGAGUGAAGGAGCCUAG